AUGGACUCACCCUCCCUGUCACGGAGCUCCCACAAUGACCGCUUGCCCGCGGGCUCGCCGGCCUUCGUGCCCCGCAACAGGCGCUUGCUCGUCUCCAAGGGCACUCGGACCGCGAGCAGCGAGUCGGAGGGCGGGUCCAACCGCUGCGCCCAGUGUAGGCACUUGCUGAUGGACUCCCUCCUCUUCUGCCGCAACUGCGGGCAACGACGUAGCUCACCGGAAAGCCUGGCCAAUGCCUUCGGCGGCAUCCGCGAUGCCUUGGCCAAUGGUCGUGAGAGCCGUGGUGAGGGUGGCGUGAAGGACCGUGAGGAGCAGGAUGGUAGGCCUCAAGUGGUCUUACACUCGCUGGAAGCUGUGGCCAGUGUAUUGCAAGAUAUGUUGCAAUUGAAGUAUGGCCUUGUCCUGGAUGAGUCAGACCUGCUUGGAAAGCUUAGGCACCAUUGCAAUGGUUCAACUCCUGAGGAAGUGGUGAAAUUGUUCAACUCACAGCGAGAUCUUCACUUCCGCACUCCGGGAUGCCAGCGGCUCGUGUGUCUCCGCAUCGACUGGAAGCCGGUGGCGAGCUUCGACGCGCUACAAGCCAAGGUGCGAAAAAUGCCAGGAACUGGCUGUGCGGUGGCAGUCCUCUCGCUCGGCGAUCAUCCAAGCUCUGAGGUACCCAGUGCUGCUGCCAUUUUUCGAGAGUCUUACAGUAGCUAUCCUCGGACCCUGAUGGGGCACUCCGCCGGCGCGUCCCCCCUGGUCACCGUGACGGCGCGCGGCUUCUCGCCCGCCGGCUCUGGUUUUUUGGAGCCCCAGGUGCUCAGCGAGCUCCGCACCGGGCCGAACCGGAAGCCGGUCGAGUGUGCAGCUCCUUGUUGGCGAGAUGAGUACUCAACAGUUGUCAAGCAGGAGGAGAUGGGGGCCUGCCAGGCCUUCCAACCACUGGAGCCUACAGCACUGGAACAGCCGGUGCCACCAGUACCCCGCUUGCAGCUGCCCAUCAACAGUGGGCGCCGGGCCUCCCGGCGAACGUCACCGCGACGGAAGGAGGAGAUGUCUUUGCCCAGUAGCGCUCGCCUCACGCAGUGCAGCACUGAAGCAAGCCCUCGACAUCAUAGCCCAGAACGGCCAGCAGAGCGGUCAGCGAUGAUGGGUUUAUCGGAGCCAUGGAAUCUGUCAAAUCUCGGUCCCUUUCCGAGCGUCCAACUGCCUGCUGCGUGGCAGGAACCCGCAGCUGUGGGCACCUGGCCCAUAUCUUCCAGCCUCCGUUCGAGCAAUGCUUUGGGCUUGACGCCUCCCAAUGGCUUGAUGCAGCCCCAGCUGACGCCAAGGACGGCUUGGCCGUCUUCGGGCCUCCCUCGGAUCUCCGCAGCGGGGCCGCUGUUGGACGCGGUCGUCGGACGUUUGAAUGAGAACUUCGAUGCCGAAGCAGAUGCAGAUGACGUCUCUUUUCUGGCGAAGCCCUUUGAACCCCCCAGGGCGGACGACCUAGAGAAGCGCCCCCUGAGCCGCUCAGAAGAAGGUGAGGAGCUGCCCCUCCCACCUGCGGUGCUUCGAGAACUGCGCUCCUUGUGGCCAAAGAAGGCGCGGGCACUUCAUCCAAUUGCCAUGGCUGCGAAGCUAUUGGCCUAUGAGAAAAGUCUGAAAGACUCUGGAGAGCUGGUCGAGGUCUCACACAAGGGCGCCAGCUCCAUUCUCUUGGAGGCCAAGACUCUGGGCUUUCAGGUCCAGAGUGAUCAAGAUGCGUCAUCGGAGUCGACUGAGACUGCAGAUGCUGCUCCAAAGGAGGAAAUAGUCUCAGUGUAUAGACACAUGACCGACGCGGAAGCGGCUUUCCUCUAUGAACACUCACUCCUUCCAGACACACAACCGUAUCAGACGAUUGUGGUGGGUGAAGAGGGAUACGAAUAUUGUAAGAAAUACUUCACAGGCAAGAAGAAAGUGACACCGCCAGUGACGACCAUCAUAGAAUUUCAGUGCCCAAAGACAUUGAUAGACACUCUCUUUGCCAUGCAAUGGAAGAUUGAAGAUGGCGCGCGCUCACAUGGUUUGGGGGACAAAGGAGGAAAAGGUCUACCCCUCUUCAACGAGUCCCUGGCGCAAUCACGGGCCUCAUGGAGGGUCGUCUUUGUGAAGCGCCCGCGGCGCUGA